UUUGUUUGGUUUUGACGGAAUCUCACGAGUCCGUCAAAUUCCCGGGAUCGGCAGGCAGACCAACUCAGCUCGGCCAUCAAUUGACAAUUCUCAACUGCCUUCAUUUAAGUCCUCUCUCUCUCUCUCUCUCUCUCUCUCUCUCUCUAGAUGUUUAUCAAGAAUUUGGAAAGCUGGGUUUUGUGGUAGGAAGUGGGAAGAUCACAGAGGAGGUGGUUGAAUAUAAUUGGAUUGAAAAUUUAGCUGGAAGAGAGAGAGAGAGAGAGAGAAUGGAAUCAUCGAACGGGAAUGGGAGUGGGAAAGGGAUGGAAGAAGCAUAUGAGGAAGUGGAAGAAGAAGCAAACUUUGAGAGCGACGAGAUAGAGAGAAACAAAAUGGGAAUCAUGAGAGCACUUGUGGAAAGAGAAGAUCCCUCCUCCAAGGAUGUGGAUGAUUUCAUGAUUCGGAGAUUUCUUCGGGCGCGUGAUCUGGAUAUUGAGAAGGCUACUAACAUGUUCCUCAAGUAUCUGAGUUGGAAGAAGUCAUUUGUGCCAAAUGGUUCAAUCUCGGAGUCAGAGAUUCCAAAACAACUUGCUCAGAACAAGCUGUUUAUGCAAGGUGUGGACAAGACGGGACGCCCCAUUGUGGUUGUGUAUGGUGGGCGGCAUAAGCAGACCACACUCGAAGAGUUCAAACGUUUUGUAGUCUACACUCUUGAAAAAAUAUGUUCCAGAAUGCCAGCAGGAAAGGAAAAGUUUGUGUCCAUUGCAGAUAUUGAAGGAUGGGGAUAUACCAAUAGCGAUGUUCGUGGAUACUUGGCAGCUCUGACAAUCUUACAGGACUGCUACCCGGAGAGGCUUGGCAAGUUAUUUCUUGUCCAUGUGCCUUAUGUAUUCAUGACUGCUUGGAAGAUGGUUUACCCAUUUAUUGACAGCAAAACCAAAAAGAAGAUCAUUUUUGUCGAAAACAAAAAGCUGAACUCAACCUUGCUGAAAGAUAUCGAUGAGAGCCAGCUCCCAGAGGUAUAUGGAGGCAAACUGCCAUUAGUUCCUAUCCAAAACUGCUAGCUUCUUUUCUUAAAUACAUGUGGAUGUAAACUCUUAUUAGUUCCUAUCCGAAGACUCUGCCAAUUUCUUCAUGAGAAGAAGUUGUUGCCCUUAUGUUCUACUACUUGUACGCCAUUAUUUGUCCGCCUAUUGCAUUGUGAUUUACUACUGCAUAUGUGUCGGGAUAACUUACAACGGAAGACGGUUUUUGUGA